GCUCUUUACGUGUCUUGAAAGGUGGGCCUGGGUUGGCUGGAUUAUCCCAUUCAAUUAUAGGUCAGUGCCAUCAGAUGGCAUCAGCUGCGCGCUACAUGCUUGCCAGCCUCGCCGCUGUGUGACUGUUUGUCUGCAUCUGGUGGCCGACGUGAGACCGACACACGCCACUCCCGGAUCAUCAGCCUUCCCCCCACCUGCCCCAGUCACCUAGACCCGUUUUCAAGCCCACGUGAACCAGCCUCGAUUCAGUCCGAAGAGUCUACGGUCCGGCUCAACCGUUGUCAGUCCGAAGAGUCUACGCCUUUGACCCGGCCUUUGAUCCGGCCUUUGAUCCCAUCAGGGCUCUAUUCGCUGGAUUGGGCCCCUCAUCGCCGGACACAGUAUUUCAAAUUGUCUAGCCGUUUAGGCCAGCCUUCAUGGCUUGACGGACGUCCUUCUGUGUCCAUCCCUCCGGUUUGCGCCCACCCCCUCGUAACCCCGCCUAAGCCAGGGCCGAUUUGGGGUCAGCCGCUGGUGUCGGGGCUUGUCGGGGCGUCGAGGACGCGAUCGGUCUGGUCUCCUCCACCAACUGGGUCAAGAGGGUACACGGCCAUUCAGGCCAUUCAGACUAGUCAGACUAGUCAGACUAGCGGGGGUCCGGCCAAGGAAAGCGUGAGUGAAGCGUGAGCGGCCCAACAACAUCCUGACCUGCCCCAAUCCCAUCAUUGACUGAAAGGUCCGUGCACGGGGGCGUGCCCGGGGUGGGUGAACCGGUCCUGGACCCACGCACGAACUGAGGGUCUGCCUUCCUCCUUGAUUGAUAGCAGCUGGCAUUUCACUAACCGGUUGGCCAAUCCACCAUGGCCAAAAAUCACAAUUCGGCGGCCUCGGCCGUGGGCGAACGCCGUCUACGUCCCAUUUACGAUUGGUUGGACCACGGCAACAACAAACGCGCUUGGCAGGAAGCUGAGAAGGUGCUCAAAAAGCAGCCAGACUUUCCUUGCGGACGGGCCCUGUUGGCCUUGGCCUUGGUUCGCCUCGGCCGUGAUGUCGAAGCCCAACGCGUCCUCCGUGACCUGGCUCAUACCGGACCCACAGAAGAUGCCACCCUACAGGCCAUGACCAUCGCUUAUCGAGAACUUGAGUCGGUGGCUGACAUUUGUCGCAUGUACGAGAUCGCCACACAGAAAGAGCCCAACAAUGAAGAUCUGCUCUCGCACUUGUUCAUGUCCUACGUGCGCGUAUCCGAUUAUAAGAAGCAACAACGCACCGCUCUUCAGUUAUUCAAGGUUCAGCCCAAGAACCCGUACUACUUCUGGGCCGUCAUGUCGGUGGUGCUUCAGGCCUCGGCCGAUCCUCAGGGCACCACGGCCCAAACUCUAAUGUUCCCUUUGGCUGAGCGGAUGAUCAAAAAGAUGCACGAAGAGAACAAACUGAACCGCGAGCAAGAGACCCACUUGUUCUUGCUCGUGCUCGAGCUCCAGGACAAAUAUGCCGAGGCUUUGGAAAUCUUGGAAAGUCCCUUGGGCAAGGCACUCAACGAGAGCACGUCUUACCUUCAUUUCUUCAACUUCAAAAAACUCGAGUAUCUGAAGGCCUUGAAACGCUGGCCGGACAUUAAUCGAUUAGCUCAAACCAUUCUGGUUUCUUUACCGGACCAAUGGAAUGUUUACGUGGACUUGGUCGAGUCCGUGUUCGAGUUGGAAGCCUUGGGCACACUCAACACGUCUCUAGAUAUCAUCUCUAAUGUGGAUCUCUUAUUCAAGUACUUACGCACUAUCCAAUCCUCGGACAUACGCAGCCGUGGGCCGUUUCUAGCCGAGAUGGAGGUGCAAUUGAGGAUGAUUCAACGAGAGCCCACACGCCCUGAACUAAUGACCGGACUACAAACAUUGCUCUAUCACUACUUCGACACAUUUUCCUCGCGUGGGUGUUGCUUCUCGGAUAUGCGGCCUUACCUCGAGCAUCUGAGUCAACAGGAAGCCGACAUCUUGAUACCUGCUCUCAAACUGCUCUCUUUGGUGCCACCGCAGGAAACUUUCAUACCGAUGGGAGCUGUGACACGGUUGGUAAGCUGCUAUCAAGUCCUACGCUUUUGUGAGGCCACCCGCCCCAUUUCCAUGGACGAACACGUAGAUUUGUUGGUGAGUCAAUUCAACUUGUGCCAAGGUGCAGUUCUCGAUGUGGCCCCCACCGAAUCUCGACCACCGGAUAUGUUCAUGGUUAUGGCUGCCCAUCAAUUGUGGUCUGAAUGGCGAAACACAGGCCAGGAUCGAUGGUUUCUUAAGGCCAUCACGCUUCUCGAGUUUGCUCUCCAAUUUAGUCCGAACAAUUUCCAUAUCCGCCUGGUGCUGAUCAAACUGUACAAUGAAGCCGGGGCCGUGGGAUGCGCUUUUAACGCUUACAAUGGUUUAGAGCUCAAGCACAUUCAAUUGGACUCAAUGGGUUAUUUGAUCAUUCGGGCACUCCAGAUUUGUGGUCACUUCGAAUCUACCUUCUCUUUGGUGGGAAGCACUCUCAGAUUCUUCAACAGUAAUCAGAAGGAUAUUGUCGACCAUAUUAUUUCGGCGUAUCGAUUUGGCUCCUUCGAUAAGAUCCGGGAAUUUGUGAAGCUUCGUGAUCGUUUAGCCAAUUCUCAACACAACUUGAGUCUCAAAACGGAACGAAUCUUGUUGGAUCUACUCACCGAGACCACAAAACAUGCUCAAACUGUUCAAAUGAUGUCGUAUCUCGAAGUGGAUCCCAAUCAGGAUGAGAUUCCAUGGGAAAAACUCGUUGACAACCGUGAUUUCCAAGUGUCUGUCUCUUGGGAAAAGUCAGAAAUCUUGAAACCUGAAACGAUCAAGACAGACUUCCAGGACGAUCAGAACUUCCUCCGCCUCCGCUCCUUGUGCCUUCGUGUGUGCGUGGCUUUGAUAUACUUAUCCGAGGAUAUCCACCCGGCUCGCGAAAUCCUUGGCGAAGAGCCCUCCAAUCUCAAAGUCAACCAUCCCAAUGAUACCAGCACCAACGCCAAGCCAUCCCAAGUCAAAGCCGAGAAACUGAGUGCCUUGGUCAGGUCGUUGAUAGCGCAAAUCGAGAGCGUUCUCGAAUCCCUUCAGAUAGAAGGACCGGCGCCAGUGUUUCUCACGGGUCCAUGUCCCACUCGUCUUCAUCAGUACGUACUGCAAGGCCAUCCUCAGACAUUUGUUCGCAUGGUCAAGGCCGUGUUGAGCGUGCAAGCCUUCAUCUUGGCCCGUCCAGGGAAUACCCAGCACGGAUCCCACAACCUUCUGGAGGAUGAAUCCCCACUAAUUCGUGCUUUAGCCGUGUUUCGAGACGAGUUUGAGCCCAUGGUCGCACGAACGCUCAAAGACUUUCCAGAUUUUGCGGUCAGGUGCUUAAAUCGCCGUUUGCACUUGGAGAAUCUCUACAAUGUGAUCGAGAGUGGCAAUUUCUGUUGCCUCCUUUGGGGCGUUUGUCAUUCGUUGUUGAUACCCGUACUGAAGGGAGGAAGUGGUACGUCAGGCAAACGAAGCAAAAAGAAAAAGGAACAGCAACAACCCAAGUCACCUUUAUCCUCAGCGUCGAUCGACGAAGCUAAUGUAGGGGAAAAUUAUCGGCACCAAUUCAACACGACUCAACAAAGCCUCGUGGAGGCCAUGUCCUCCUUGACCACCUUCACUCACGGCCUCAGACCGACCAACCAUAAGGCAGCCGCAGCGGAAGUAGAAGCGGCUGCGGUAGCCACAUCCGCCGCCGCCUCGCUAGCUUCGUCCACCGAGCAACUUGCCGAGAACCUGGAAAAGUUGUCUCUGGCGAAUAAGGAGGCGAUGAAGAAUGGCUCCUCAAGCAUUGAAGGAACCACCUUCGAAGAGGAGGAGACGCAGGCGGGCGAAUUUAACACCAGCCACGGCUCUACCCGCCCUGCGGAUGAGCCGCUGCAAUAUCAAACGUUAAGGGAGUUGCCUCUAGAUCUUUGUCAACGCAUCGAGGACAGCUAUGAAGUGUCUUUCUCUCAAUUUGCCGGACUCCUCGAACGGAAAGUGUCCUAUUUGCGAGCGUUAACUUUAUAACGAAGUGAAAUGAGGCCCAUUGCGUGCACACUCACUGAUCCAAUGUCAACCAAUGCCAUCGCCAGACCCUUCGUCCUCUCCAUCCUCUCCAUCCAUCCAACCAUCCAUCCAUCCAUCUAUGCAACCAUGCAUCCAUUCAUUCAUCUCCAGCCAUUGGAACACAACAGUUCAAGGCGUCUGGGCUGAUUCCUGUUUGACUUGAUUAUUUGCGACCAAUUUGUCAUGUCUAUUGCUUUAAAAUUGGUCAAACGAUGAAAAGGAAGAUACUAAUAGAGAACGAGUACGGUCUUGAAUUAGAGUGUGA